AUGGCAGCUUCCCCGGAGCUGCAGCUGGAUCUUCUUCCUUCAGACCCGCUGUUGCACAUUUUGUCUUAUUUGAGCUUCAGAGACCUGGUCCAUUGCAGUUAUGUCAGUAAAAGGCUCAACGAGCUGUCCAAACACAACCCCCUGUGGAAGCGUCACUGCUGUAAACACUGGCUGCUGACGGAUGCGGACCGGCUGCAGAGUGGUCUCUCCUGGUACAGCCUCUUUAAGCAGUACUUCUCAGACCUGGGCCAGUACAUUGAGUACUACGCGGUGCUGAAGAAAGCCUGGGAGCAGCUGAAGAGCUUCUUGCAACAGAGAUGUCCUCGUAUGAUCGCGUCGCUCAAAGACGGCGCCACAGAGGUGGAGCUGAACGAGAUCGAGGCUCAGAUCGACUGCAAGCUUCCUGAUGAUUUCCGCUGCUCGUACCGGAUCCACAACGGCCAGAAGCUGGUGAUCCCGGGUCUGAUGGGCAGCAUGUCUCUGUCAAACCACUACCGCUCGGAGGUCCUGUUAGACGUGGAGACAGCGGCCGGAGGUUUCCAGCUGAGGAGGGGCAUGAGGCGCUGCCUGCCCCUCACCUUCUGCUUCCACACGGGCCUCAGCCAGUAUGUGGCGCUGGAGGACGCCGAGGGACGCAAGAAAGGCGAGAGCUUCUACCCCUGCCCCGAUCAGAUGGCUCAGGACCCUUCAGCCAUCGACAUGUUCAUCACAGGUCUGUGGAUUUGA